GCUGUCUGCGAGCAUUGAGCUGACUGGCGCCAUCCUGAAAGAAUGCCUUCACUGUAAAAAAACACAGAGAGAGCAGUGCAUUCAGAGACACAGGGAGUGAGCACUAGAGAGAGAGUGAGAGAGAGAGAUAGAGAGGGAGGGAUGGAAACAGAGUAAGAGGGAAGAGGGUUACUACUACUGCGCAUAAACACAGAUUUGAUCAAACUUGUGUUUAGUCAGAAGGCAGAAAACUUAUCCAGAUCGACCCGGCUCGGCCUGAACCUUCACACUCACUUGUUGAGUCGACGCAACGCAACCGAGAGAGAAAACUUGCGGAACUUGACGCGCGUUUUGGAUGCGUGCGCGGACUUAUGACCAACUUUUUUAUAAAUGCAUUGACUUUCUGAAGUUAAUGCGCUUUAAUUGAACAAGCGGAUCCAAUUUUGUAUUCGAGCUUUUGACAAUUUGCCAAUGACAGAAAGAACACAAACAAACGGACGGACUUUGUAAAAACAAAUUGUCUUGUUUAAUUUCAGGUGAUCGGAAGUAAAAAAAAAUCGAACCAGUGGAUUAAACAAAGAAGGAGUUUGGACUUUUUUGAACUUUCGUGUUGUGUGUAUCGGUGAGUGUAUGAACGUUUGUUAAAAAAAUAAACGAUGGAAGUAAGUCCGGAGCAGCACCGUUGGGUGACCCAUCACACGGUCGGCCAGCAUCCUGAGACACAUCACCCAGGACUGGGACACUCCUACAUGGACCCGUCGCAGUAUCAACUUGCGGAAGAUGUGGAUGUAUUGUUUAAUAUCGACGGACAGAGCAACCAUCCGUACUACGGGAACCCGGUUCGGGCCGUGCAGAGAUACCCACCGCCACCUCACAGUAGUCAGAUGUGUCGCCCAUCGUUGCUGCACGGCUCUCUUCCUUGGCUCGAUGGAGGCAAAUCUAUCGGCCCUCACCACAGUACCUCCCCCUGGAACCUUGGGCCUUUCCCCAAGACUUCCCUCCAUCACAGUUCCCCUGGGCCUCUGUCCGUCUAUCCUCCAGCUUCUUCCUCCUCGCUGUCCGCUGGCCACUCCAGCCCACAUCUCUUCACCUUCCCCCCAACUCCACCCAAAGAUGUGUCCCCUGACCCUGCAAUUUCUACGUCAGGUUCGGGCUCAUCUGUUCGACAGGAAGACAAAGAGUGCAUUAAGUACCAGGUGUCUCUGGCAGAAAGCAUGAAGCUGGAUUCGGCUCAUAGUCGGAGCAUGGCCUCAAUCGGAGCGGGCGCGUCCUCCGCGCACCACCCCAUCGCCACUUACCCUUCCUAUGUACCCGAUUAUGGGCCGGGGCUCUUCCCACCAAGUAGCCUGAUAGAGGGUAGAGAAUGUGUAAACUGCGGGGCCACCUCGACUCCUCUGUGGCGGAGGGAUGGCACCGGUCACUAUUUGUGUAACGCCUGCGGACUUUACCACAAGAUGAACGGACAGAACCGACCCCUCAUCAAGCCCAAACGGAGGCUGUCUGCUGCCAGACGAGCUGGGACCUCAUGCGCAAACUGUCAAACGACCACGACGACACUGUGGCGGAGAAAUGCCAACGGCGACCCUGUCUGCAAUGCCUGCGGCCUGUAUUACAAAUUACACAAUAUCAACCGACCGCUCACCAUGAAGAAGGAGGGCAUCCAGACCCGGAACAGGAAAAUGUCCAGCAAGUCCAAGAAGAGCAAAAAGUCCCAUGACAGCAUGGAGGAUUUCUCCAAAAGCUUGAUGGAAAAGAACAGUUCCUUCAGCCCGGCCGCCCUGUCGCGUCACAUGACCUCGUUCCCUCCCUUUUCGCACUCGGGCCACAUGCUCACCACACCCACCCCAAUGCACCCCUCCUCUAGCCUGCCCUUCGCCUCACACCACCCAUCUAGUAUGGUGACGGCGAUGGGCUAAAGUGACGGCCCUGCUACCUCCAAUCUCCCACCGGUGGACAUCUCAAAGCACCGUUAACCUUGAAGCCUGUCACCCGCCGCAACCCUCCAGCUCCCUCACGCGCUACAUGGCCCCCCCUUUGAUACGUGUCCCGCUUAAAACCCUUAUUUCCCCCGUAUUACAAGGAAAGAGAACAGACAAUGACUUUCUUCAUUGCCCCUUCAACCUUGAAGCCUCGCACUGAUGUCAACCUUCAUUUGUGUACAAAUGCCAUCUUUCCUGUGGGCAUCGAGGCACAAACAUUUACCAUACUUUAAAGUAACCUUCUCUAACUCCAAAACCCCUUCUUCCUCUUGAUCGCAUCUCCUCUACUUCAUCCCCCAACCUGUGAGACACGAGGAAUCGAGCUGUGAAUGAUAACAGGAGAUGAACUCUGCAUAUAUUUGUAAAAAAAAAUGUCUGAAAUACAUUUAAUGAAGACUUUUUAAAAGAGCGAAAAGGCGAGGACGGGAAAUGCCCGCGGGCAGCUAUUGAUAAGAAGGGUACGACUUAAACCUGCAAGGUGGAAUGACUCUGUCACGAUUUCUAUCCGAAAAGUAGGAGGUGAGAUGUAGGGAGAGGAAACCUAGAAUGGAAAUGGUGUGUAAUGCAUUAAAACUCGUAGUCAGGUCUGUCUUGCAGACUUCCAGCUACUCUUCUGGAUGUGUUAUAGGUCUUGGGCAAUUGGUUUGUGUUCACGUACACAUACACAUACGCACAUGCACACACACACACACAUACAUGCACACACACACACACACGCACACACACACACGCACACACACUCUCUCACAUAUACACCAGAAAGACUUCUUUGGGCCCAGGUUAUAUGCAUUGUGAAAAAAAGUUCCUGUAUUUGUUAUUUGUAUGUAUAAUUCAGAGUACCAAAAAUACGAAAGAAACAAAGAUGUAGAAUUAUUUCUUUAUGUAAUGCAGACUGAAUGGUUGUACAAAUUUAAUAAUCACUAGUGUAAAAAGAAGACUUGCUUUUUUGUUGCGUAAUUUUUUUUUCCCUCUUUGAAAAUAAUAAACUAGUUUAAUCUCUGUUGACAUCAUACAAGAA